AUGGACUCAAAGGACAGACUCAAAACUGGCUUCGCCGCGCUCCCAGAAGAACUUCACCUAGAAAUCUACAAAUGGAGCGCAAAUCGUAUGGUCCUCAAAACUGUUCCUGGGAUCAAACAUGUACGUUGGGUGGCCACUACAUACAAUUCUGGCAUCACUGGAGUCAGCCGGGAGAUCCAGCAAGCUGCCGGCGACACAUUGUAUGCGCUCGACCGAGAGAAGAAAGCACGCCUUUUCGUGCACUGGAAGGGCAUCAAGCAGUUGCCUCGCCUCUUGCAACUACUCGCACAUACGUAUACAUGGGGUAAGCGCUGGCUUGAAGCCAAUCCACCAAACGCGACAGAUGGUCAGCAAGAUUGGGUGCGAGUCAAAAAGUCAACUUCGCAUGAUCUCAACGCACUACUUUACGAGUAUCUUAAUCCCAGCCAUUAUAAGAAAAUUUUCAGCGAACUCGGAGAUCCAUCACGAUCACCUACGCUUUCCGCACUGGUACGAGACUGGUUUAGUGAUAUUGCUACGAAAUGCAAUACCGCCGCCCCGAUCCCCAUGGACACAACGGAACGACGUCUCUUGAUCGAAUUUCUGGAGAUGACAAUGGACAAAUUACGGAACCCAAACACGAGGGGAGAUCUCGAAAUAUCUAUUACCGUCCCCAAAGCAGACACCAACUAUGCAGACCCUGACGACCAGACCAGAAGACUGUAUCUUGACGACGUAGUGGAAUACAUGUAUCAACUUUUUGAGACUUUCCGGACGCAUUUCCGAAUCAAAUUUCGGUUCCUUGCUGUCCUCAACACCCCAGCAGACGAGUUCAAAUGGAUACUGGUCGGUGGAUAUUACGCCGAAUUCGUGGAGCCGUCCUAUAAUCUUGUGCAAACGGAGGGUACUGGUGGGUUUGAGGUCAAGCUUGGUAGCAUCGCGCGUGUAGAUCACGAGGCACUCGACAUGGCUUGA